UCCCGACGCGGGUUUGUCGGCAGAGCCCGGGGCAGGCGGCGGCGGCGGCUAGUGGUGUGCGCGGGCGAGCGGCAGCGAAGAGACCGGCGGGCCGCGCCCGCCAUGAGGCACGAAGCCCCCAUGCAGAUGGCAUCUGCUCAAGAUUCCAGAUAUGGCCAGAAAGAUACAUCUGACCAGAACUUUGAUUACAUGUUCAAACUGCUGAUUAUCGGCAACAGCAGUGUGGGGAAAACCUCAUUUUUGUUCCGUUAUGCUGAUGAUUCCUUUACAUCUGCCUUCGUAAGCACAGUUGGGAUUGAUUUCAAAGUAAAAACAGUUUUCAAAAAUGAAAAAAGAAUUAAGCUACAGAUUUGGGACACAGCAGGUCAAGAGAGGUACAGAACAAUUACUACAGCUUACUACCGCGGUGCAAUGGGCUUCAUUUUAAUGUAUGACAUCACAAAUGAAGAAUCUUUCAAUGCUGUGCAGGAUUGGUCAACUCAAAUCAAAACAUACUCUUGGGAUAAUGCCCAGGUUAUUUUGGUCGGUAACAAAUGUGACAUGGAAGAUGAACGAGUGAUCUUCACAGAGAGAGGCAAACAUUUAGCAGAGCAACUUGGAUUUGAAUUUUUUGAAACAAGUGCAAAGGACAACAUUAAUGUCAAGCAGACGUUUGAACGCCUCGUGGAUAUCAUCUGUGACAAAAUGUCAGAGAGCCUGGACGUGGAUCCCACCAUUGCUGCCAGCACGCAGAACACACGGCUAAAGGACACCCCUCCUCCACAGCAGCCCAACUGUGGCUGUUAGUGCAGCUACCAGUGAAGGCAGCUCCAGUGUGUUCUGUUGCCAACAGCAUCUUUAUUAAUGGUCUAUAUGCCUUUAUUUAUAUUGUCUUAUUAAUUUAUUUAGUAGAAAAGUAUUUUCUUGACCAGCAGCUGGUCAAGUAUGCAUAUGGGGAUGGAAAACUUUUUAAUUUGAAAGAAUGAUCCAUUUUUUAGCAUCUGGAUUUUGCAUGCAGGAUAGCAAUUAGUUUCUCUUUUCGUUUUACUGUUUUGUGUUAUAUUUACUUCAGCUGGUGCCAUGUCCUCAGACCACAUUUCCCUGGAAUUGACCCUUGCUUCACCAGUUUAAACUUACACAAUUGAAUCCUUAGGGUAGUGGCCAGGGUGUUUUAGAUUAUGUUUCCUGGUAACAUUUAUAUUUUCUCCUGACCAAAAAUCAAAUUAGAAAUAUUCCUCUAGUGAGACAAUCCCUCUUUUUUGUCCAGAUCAUUUGUACAAAGACACUUUCUGGAGCCUGGAGCC